AUGGGCAUUGCUCUCUUGGAAGCCGAGAUGUCCAACUCAAAGGAGUGUCGGUCCUCCUUCCUCACGCGGUCCACGUGCUGCUCAGGCGUGAGCGGUGGCGGCACCGAGUCGACGCUCCUGGACUCGGAGACGUUCAGCGCCACGCGCCUCAGCAGUUUAUACGGCGCCGUGGACCGCUCCAACGGCCAACGCCUGACGAUUCUCGAGGAAGAUCUCGUGACAGCAGACGAGGAGCUGUCACAGACGCAAUUGCAGCAGAAGCUCUUUGAGCUGCACCAAGUGCAAGUGCUCAAGCAAGUGCCACUCCCCAACUGGAUGAAGAUCUUCGUCCCGCGUGUCGUGCGCCUGCAGACGGGCGCUCUGCCGUACAUGGAGUACGCGCGCUCGGUAAAGAGCGAGGUGCGGCAACGCCAGAUGCUGGACGUGUGGACGCGCGUGGAUCGUCUGCCCCGGAACAAGCUGUCAAUUGACUUUCGCAAGCCAGCAGAAGGCGAGAGCGUGGCGUCGUGGCCGAGUGCCGUGGCUUCGACCAGCACGAACGACAAGGUGUCGUUGGACAAGUGGAUCCUCAAGUUUGAGACGAAAGAGGAGCGGGACGAGUGGGCCAAGUUGGUACAAGAUGCGAUCGAGCUGCUGGACUGGAUCUCCAAGUUUACGCUUGGUGGUGUCAUUAUGGAGACGGACACCUCGUCGGUGGUCGAGUGCUCGGUGUGGACGGAUCGCAGCCGUCCGUCGUACGUGAUGAAAUUGAUGCGAGCUGCGUCGACGAAACAGAGUCACUUGGCUCGCAGUGAGAUUGAAAUCCAUCGAUUGCUGACCAAUGGAUCGACCCAUCCGAACAUUGUGGCGCUGCAUGACUCGUUCCGACAGAAGGAAAAGGCGUACUUUGUCUUGGAAAACUGUGUUGGCGGCGACCUCUUUGACUUUAUUAAUGAGAACGGUGGCAUGGACGAGCGUGAUGCCAAGGUGCUGUUUCGUCACAUUGCGAGUGCUAUCGACCACUGCCACGACCAGGGCGUCGUGCACCUCGACAUUAAGCCGGAGAACCUCUUUUUCAAGGCAUCAGCUACUCAGCUAGAGACUAUCAAGCUCGGAGACUUUGGCUCGGCUGUGCUUCUCGAAAAGAACGAGUCGAAGAAGGCUACUAGUUGCACGGUUGGUUAUGCUGCACCAGAGGUGCUCCAGCACGGCGAGAUUUCGACCGCCGCUGACGUGUUUAGCGCGGGGGCCGUGCUGUACACACUACUCUGUGGCUACUCUCCGUUCAGCGCACCAUCUGAAGAUGAAAUGUUGGAGCGGACUUUUUCAGGUGACGUUGUCUUUGACGAGCUGGAAUGGUGGCGGAUUGGCAAGGAAGUCAAGGUGCUAGUACAGCAGAUGAUGCAUCAGGACGCCAAGCAGCGCCCGAGCAUGGAGGAAGUGCUGGCACACGCCUGGUUAAGCUGGUAA